ACUUGGUGGCGCCGAAGCACUAAAUCCCGCACCAACGUUAGUUCGUUAGAAGAAGAAUGGUAGUCAAGAUGGACGCGGAGGUGUUGUUAUUUUUGGUUUCUGAGAACAAGGAGUUAUUUGAUAAAAACCACAGCGAGUACAAAAACACGAAGCGGAAAGAAGUUCUCUGGCAAGGAAUAGCAGACAAAAUGGGAGUCGAUGUGGAAGAGGUGAAAGCUAAAUGGAAAAAUCUAAGAGACACAUACACCAGGAAAAAGCGACUGGAGCAGGACGGGAAUCGGAGUGGAAGGGCAGCUAAAAAAAAGAAGCAAUGGAAAUAUAUGCGAGUGAUGGACUUUCUCGAUCCUCCCGCAGAACACAGAAGUGUUAUAAUGGAGAGUGUUCCUGGCAAAAUUGAGGAUGAUGAGCCAGAUGAAGACAGCGGGGCCGAACCAGCCAGCACCAGUAUGGGAACAUCCAUGACAAGUCCAGGAGCGAUCCGGUCUGACAUUGUAAAGAGAAGGCGAUCAGAGACACUAGAGCUGUUGGAGAGGUAUCUAGCAUCUAAAGAUGCAAGAGACAGAGAGAAAGACGAACAGCAAGAUGAAGUUGAUUUAUUUCUUCGGAGCUUAGCACCUGCAUUAAGACGCUUACCUGCUUCAAAGCAGUCCUUGGUGAAGCUUCAGAUCCAAAAAAUACUUCAUGACGCUGAGUUCGGACAGCCCAGCUUUCCUCAGAUAUCGUCAGUGUCACCAAGUAAUCAGUUGUUACUACAGUGUAGUGUUGUAAAACCCAGUUGAAAUGCUUUUUUAUUGAAAAUAAAUGUGACUUUAAAAGAA